AUGUCUGAAGUUAAGCAGAGGAAGAAAGCCAUUUCUUUAUCCAAGACCAAUGAAGGCUCAGAAAAGGUUGAGAAGCAUAGCAAUUGCGGGAGGCUGGCAAGUCCCAGGACUAGCAAUAAUGGGAGUUCCUUUUGGAUGGACUCACGGACAAGCUUCAGCAUAAUUUCCCUUGCUGUUUGCCUGGUGCUGACCUGGUUCUUAUUUCAGCAAUCGGGUCAAUUUGCUGAUAUGGAAAAAAAGUACAACUUCUUACAGCAAGAAGCUGAAAAAUUCCUGGAUGUGGAAAAUAAAGUUAACUUAAUUUCUGAAAAGCUUGAAUCUUCUGAAAGCAUCCUACAAGGAGCUGCCUGGUCCCUCUCUGUGAUGACUGAGUUUGAGCAGCAAAUAUCUUCUCUUCAUAACAUCAUAAAUGGUAUUCAGAACAAUGAACAAACUCUGUCUGUAAAGAUGCAGAACAUUAAUGAGAAGUUCCAAAAUGUUACAAAUUCCUGGAGAAGAAGCUUGGAUGAAAUGAACACAAACACUAGUGGUUUAAAAUCUGAAGCAAAGUUCAUACAUACAGAAGUUACUUCCCAAAUUAAUGAAGCUGACCAAAGACUUAAAUCCCUUUCAGAAAGAGUCAGAGAUUUGGAAGACAGUACAGCCAGAAAUAUGAAAACGCUAAAAAGGCAAGAAGAUGAUGAAUUCUCUAGAGUUGAACAAAAGUUGGACUCGCAUGCAAAGGCAGUUGAAAAGCUAGAUGAAGAACAGAAUAGUCUGGUAGCCAAGGACACAGACCUGAAUCAGAAACUUGCAAACUAUGAACCUAAAAUUGAGGAGUGCAAGACCCAUUUGCCAACAAUUGAAAAUGCUAUUCACUCUAUCCUUAGAUUCUCAAGUGAAUUACUGAGUAUGGAGAAAAAGAUAGAGGACUUGACAACACAGCUAUAUACAGUGGAAAAUGAUAUGUUGAGAACUGUUUCUGAUACAAUGGCGAUGCAAGAGGUUCUUGAAGGCAUACAGUACAAUGCCAGCAUUUUGAAAGCACAAAACGAAAUUGUUUUAGAAGUAGUGCAUGACAUAAAAGUAUCUUCAAAAGCAAAAGAAAUAACUUUAGAAAGCUAUGACUUAGAACAUGGCCAGAAUGGGGAUAAGUGA